AUGAAACCAAGUGUGUCGAAUUUCAACUUAUAUCAGACCCACAGUUCCGUGCUGGCAGCCCUGAGCUCCCCUCCUCCCGCUCUGCUACAGGUUGGAGGACACUCUCAUGGGAUGCUUCCCUCCAUUAAUCACGUGACCUCUCACAUGCAGCAGCAAAAUGACGUACUACGAAUGAACUAUGACAAUGACUUAAUGCUGAAACAGGAACCACACAUUUUUGAACCCUCGCCUCCUAAAGCUGUUCCUGUCGCCGUGAACCCAGAUGAAAUCAAACAGGAGGAGUUAGAACCAAGGUCAAAUGGAAUUUCUACGCACAGCGACAUCAUUCAAUUAAAGGCGGCAUCUGUAAUUGCCGAGGAUUCCGAAAGCGAUUUUAGCAAUCGGAACGUCUGUCCACCAACAGUGAGCGCCAAAUAG